AUGCUUGUUGAUAGGACUAGGUAUUGCAGACCACAUAAGCUUUAUUUUAAGGAUCCAAAUGUGGAAAGGCAUGGAGGAUAUAGAGUCAUUGGAGGGGAUAAAGAUGUUUAUGACUUGAUAGCAUUGAAUAAUGAAUCUGGGAUUGUUGAAAUGUUCAGGUUAGGGGCGAAUGAGUUCGAUCCUUUCAUGAAAAAAGGUCAGCAGGAUAAUCUAAUAUGGGAUUCUGAAGAUGAAGAGGCCAAUGAUUCAGAUUAUAUUGCUGAGAGUGAUUAUGAAAUGUCUGACAAGGAUGAUGAGGAUUUCAGAAAGUACGUUGAUGAUAGGGUUGACUCUACACCAUGGUGUUCUUUUAGGCAGCAACCUGAUACAAAGCAUGCUGAAGAUGUGAAGGGUUCAAAUGGGAGUGAAGCCAAUGAUUCGGAUGAAGAUUAUGGGUCUUGUGAUGACUUAUUGAGUGAAAAUGAAUAUGAGGAACAAGAGAGUGAACGUCCAGUGAAAAAGGACAAGGUCUUUAACCCCGCAAUAGACAUGAAGAAUCCCAAAUUUGAGCUAUAUCAGAAGUUUGGAACUAAGUGGAUUUUGUUGGAUGCACUAAAAAGGCAUGGAAUUGUUGAUCGGAGAAUCAUCGACUUUAAGAAAAAUGAUAAGCUGUUUGUGCAUGGGAAGUGUAGGCAUUGUAACUGGGAGGUUUAUGGGGUUAAAAUGGAAGGAGAGAAUGAAAACACUUUCCAGAUCAGGACUGUGAAUACCAAGCAUAGCUGUGGAAGAGUGUGGAGUACCAGAAACGUCAAUUCCAAUAUAAUUUCUGACUGGUAUGUCCCAGAUUUUGCUGAUGAUCCCAAUAUCACUGUGAGUACAUUGAAGUUUAGGGUAAAAAAUGAGCAUCAACUGACAAUCUCCAGAACUCAGGCCUGGAAUGCAAAGAGAAAGGCUUUGGAAAAGGUUCGGGGAAAGAUUACUGAACAGUAUGCUGAAUUAGAAAGCUACAUGGCUGAGGUUAAAAGGUCUAAUCCUGGGACAUCCAUUCAAGUGAUAUGUGAGGAUGAUGAACUUGAUAGAUUAGAGACUUACAAGGAACAGGCUGCAACUUAUAGUUGUGAUUAUGCUGGUGAUGGGGAAUAUGAGGGGAUUCCUCCUAAACCCAAGAAGAUGGGUAGGCCUCCGAAGCCUAAGAAGAACUCCACAUUUGAGGGAACCAGUAACCUCCCCAAGAGAAGGGGCAGAAAACCAACUGCAAAAUCAGUGUGUAAAAAUUACAAUCAGACGAGACAUUUCCAAUCAAUAUGUCCUUUAUUAGAAAGGCAGAGAGAGAUGGUGAAGGAAAUUGAAGAACGACAGGCACUGAAUGAAGCAUCUCUGAAUUUAAGUCGGACUAAUGGAAUAGAACAGCCACAACUGGUGGUAUCCGAGUGUGCUGCUUGUGAUUCAACCACUCAAACUGUUGAAACAUGUCCAAUCUUAAAAGAAAUAACACAAAUGGAAGAGGAAUACCUUCGUAGUAGUCAAAAUGGUGAUAAUGGUCAAAUGGAAGAGGAGAUAAGCACCCCAAAUGCACCUCUUGAAAGUCAGGCAGGAGAUGAUGUUGAUUACGAUAAUACGCCUUAUUUGAUAAAAUGUGAUUACUGUCCUCAGUUUGGUCACACCAAAGAGGACUGCCCAGAAUACGAGGGGAAGAAGAAAGCUGAGGAAAGUGCAGAAGUCAUCACUGCUGCCUUAGAUGAAAUCAUCAACACCCCAAAUGCACCCCAACAAAGUAAAAAGAGGCCUGCAAGUAGUGAACCAGACAUAGUGAUAUUAAAUGAUCAGUCGGGACAUCAAGUCCAAACACUACGGGGUAGGACAGUGUUUGUUCCUGCACAUGAUCAGGCUACCAAGAAAAAAAAGAAAGGAAAGCAGAGCGCAAAUUCUGGUUCCAAGGCAGAGGCAAGAAAGAUCCAGAAACUCUUUUGCCAUGUUGUGCCGAAACCAGUAAAUGUUGAAUCUAAUAUGGCCAAACAACUUGAAAAGCUGAAGGAACCAGAUGGCCAGAUUCAUUGUGGAUCAAAAAAGGCUUGUGACUACAUUGCUGAACAGACUGCUAAAGCUGUUGCUAGAGAGAAUGAGUUGUAUGCGAAGUAUGGGUUCAAACUCCCUUCUUCAUCAUCAGAUAGUAUGUUUAAUAUUGGUUCCAAUCAGGUCAAAAUAGAUGCAAACCUAACAUCUAAUCUGGUUGCAUUAACCAAUGACUUGCAUGCUAUCUAUAAAGACUUGGGAUCUACUUUCAGAGGUGAACGAUUUGCGGCCAAAAGUUUGGUCAAAAGAUUGCUUUCCGGCGGCGGCGUCAACAAUUCUUUCUGCUUUCCACCUGCGUCGGCGUCGGUGAAGAUUUUUGUCAGGCGGCGUUGUCGACGAUUCCUUCUGCUUUCCACCUACGUCGGCGUCGGUGAAGGUGGAAGAGAUGGUGGACUUCGACUGGAAGAGAUGGUGGACUUCGACUGGAAGAGAUGGAUAGAAAUUAGGGUUUCUGGAAUGGUUCUCGAUUUGGGAAUUAGAAUAUGA